AAUCUCUUACUAUCGAUCAAAAGUUUAACAUCGAUCAAUGGCGAAACUGCUGCUGCUGCUCUUUCUCUUCUCCUUCGGCGCCGCACCGUCCUGCUCCACGACCGUAGGCGUCCGGGUCGAGCUCAGCCACGUCGACUCCCAGCGAGAUCUCACGAAAUUAGAUCUGCUCAAGCGCGCCGCCGAGCGCGUCAUGACUUCCGGCAGCAACGUCCAGUCGACGGUCGACGUCCAAACCCAGCUGUACGCCGGCGGCGGUUCGUUCCUCAUGGAGCUCGCCAUCGGCACGCCGACGCUCUCCUACUCGGCCAUAAUGGACACCGGCAGCGACCUCAUCUGGACGCAGUGCCAGCCCUGCCUUCGAUGCUUCUCCCAGCUCACGCCGCUGUACGACCCCUCUCGGUCCUCCACCUACGCCACCCUGCCCUGCAACGCUUCCCAGUGCCUCUCCCUCCCUUCCUUCACCAGAACCUGCGCUCCUCCUGCCUCCGACUGCAGCUACGACUAUACCUACGGCGAUAACUCCUCCACCGACGGCGUCCUCGGCACCGAGACGUUCACCUUCGGGUCGGUGGCCGUAUCCGAGGUCGCUUUUGGUUGCAGCAACAACAACAACGGAAACUUCGACAACUCGUCAGGGUCAGGGAUCGUGGGGAUGGGGAGAGGGAACUUGUCGCUGGUGUCCCAACUCGGCGACGGGAGGUUCUCUUACUGCCUCACGUCCUACGGCGACAACAAGACGAGUCCUCUGCUUCUGGGCGCCAUGGCGACGUUAAGCGAGCAGGCUCAAUCCACCCCGUUCGUCGCCAACCCGCCGUCUUUCCCCUCCUACUACUACCUAUCAUUGCACGGGAUCACCGUCGGCGAUACCGAGCUUCCGAUACCGAACACGACCUUCUCAAUGACUUCGAACGGGACCGGGGGGUUGGUCAUCGACUCCGGCACUACCGUGACCAUGCUGGUGGACCCGGCUUAUGCGGAGCUGAAGCGAGCGUUCGAGUCGCAGAUGAAUCUGUCGGCGGCGGAUGGAUCGGCCUACGGUUACGACAUCUGCUUCGCGUACGGCGGCGAGGCGGUGCAGGUGCCGAGAUUGGUGUUUCACUUCGAGGGGGCGGACAUGGAUCUACCACCGGAGAACUACAUUGUGGUGGAUUCAAGCGUGGCGUUGCUGUGCGUGGUGGUGGUGAGGUCGAAUUUGACGUUAUCCAUCUUUGGCAACUUCCAGCAGCAGAACAUGCAUGUGCUGUAUGAUCUCGCCGGCGGGACGCUGUCGUUCGAGGCGGCGCAGUGCGACCAGCUGUAGCUUGCGUGUCCGGCGACGUCUUCUCGUUUCAUUGCUGCAAAUUUUGAUAGAAUAAAUAUUUGGUGCAACGACUACCGCGUUUUGUGAUGUAAUCAGCGUUGAUCAUGUGGUUACAUAAAUAGGAUUAAAAAAUUUGAAAUCA